UCCGGUGGACGCACACGCAGCCACACAGCUAACUGUGUUCAUAACCACUCGCGUUGCUUAGAAACCUGACGAGAUGCGGCCUUUUUGUGUGUGAACGGAGCAGCUCGGCCUCCUGGUUUGACUCCUGAGUUACUGCUUAUGAUAAAACAUAAAACACCUCAUUGUGAUCCACCGUCCCGCUGACGUCACCGAACAGAGACGAUCCAAGAUGGACGAAGCUGCAGCCUCGGCGAUGGAAGAGGACGCAGCUGGAAACAAAGACACAACAUCUGGAAACAGCGUGUCUCCAUCGGCCGAGGAGCCAGCUGAUGGGGUUUUCUGCUGUCGGGAUUGUGGAGAAGCCUUCAAGGAGGAGGCAGUAUACUUGGAGCAUCGACAUCAGCACCUACAAGAAAGCAUGAAUACAGAAAACCAAAUGGAGGGUUUACAUGAUGCAGAAAAGGACAAUGAAACUUCUAAUUUCUGCACUUGGUGUUCACUAUCAUUUGUUGAACCAAGUGAAUUUCUCUCGCAUAUGGAGAAGAGCCAUGGACAAACCUCUCAAAAGGAGUCUAGUAUUGAAAAGAAUUCUGGGAUAACCAAGCAACACACCUAUGAAUGUCCAGACUGUGGGAAAUGUUACGGUGUGAUUGGACACUUCCUUAACCAUCAGCGCUCACACAGACAAGCCUCAAAAUCCGUUUUUCACGACCUUGAACAUUUGAAAAAGAAGUCGUUUCAGUGCGAGUCGUGUGGGCGGAAUUAUUCUCGCGCUUCAGCUCUUGAUGCACACCGUCGUUGUCAUGAAGAAAAGUUAGUUAAGUCACGCAACAGGAGUUCAGGUGAUGCGUUCCACAUUGAGGAGUCGAACGUUGAAGCCAAGCCCAGUGAAAACCAGACGGUUGAUACUCCUGAAAAAACUUUCAAGUGUUCGUGUGGUAAAGCUUUUACCGCUCUGUUGCGCCUUAAAACGCAUCAACGAUUUAGCCGCAACAGUCAGUGCUCCCCAGAAGAAAUGAAAGACAAACCAAAGAAAAGCUGCAAUGAGUUUUACUGUAGUGAGUGUAAAAAGGCUUUCAGUGGCCAUAUUGCCCUCUUCAACCAUCAGCGAUGGCAUGCUAAUCACGCAAAUGAUUCUGCAAACAGGUUCCCGUGUGAGGAAUGUGGAAAAGUAUUUAUGACUCUAACGUUCUACUAUAGGCAUCAGCGCACGGCGCACAGCGAUGAGACCCCGGCAAAGUCGUUUCUUCACCAAGUGUGUCAGCUCCAGAAGAAGGCCUUUGAAUGUAAAGAUUGUGGGCUAAGGUUUUCCAGGGCCUCAGCGCUCCACUCCCAUCAGCUUCAGCACACGGAUGUUUACAGAGAAACAGAGAAGGAGGCUCAGACGCAUACCUCUCUGCUACCUCAACAGGAAACUUUGGACAGCGUGAGAAAAGAGACUGAGCAGGACAGUGUGGAAUCUGAGAAUGUGCUUUCUUCCAGUAUGGCCGAGGAAGACACGCAUGUAAAUGUGACUGAUGAAGACGUGGACAGUUAUGACCCUGGGGACUUCAUUGUACAGGUGAUCAGUGCAAGUGAAUCUGAGGAUGAACCCGUCCAAGACCUGAAUCCUGAUCUUGAGCUGCUCUGUGAAUCAGAUCAGGAAGUAAGAGAUGACGGCGACGCUGGACUUUCCACUAGUUGUCUCGUUUCAAAACCAGAGAUGGAUUUGAAAAUUGUGGAAAUUGACUUUGAGCAAACCGACGAGCAGUGUGCACUGAUGGAGAGUGAAGCCGAGAAUAAAACGACAGGGGACAGAUUUGAUUGUCCAGAGUGUUACCGUUGGUUUUCUAGCGCUUCAUCACUGCGUGUUCACAGAAUGUGGCAUGGCGUCCGUAAAAGAAAACAGCAGACUCAAGGUCAGUCAGUGGCAGUUCACACAUAUGGCGACGAGGCCAAUAGCUAUGCAGCACACUGCAGUCACAUUCAACAACACAAGGCUCAAAACACAAGUGAUAAUGAUGAUGAGGCGGAGGGAUUAGAGAAGAAAAACCUGGCAUGUAAUGAGUGUGGUAAAUGCUUCACACGGUUGUCUGCUUUAGUCUCUCAUCAGCUGCAUCAUCCCAAAAGAAAACCAUUUCAAUGCCCAGAUUGCACGAUGUCUUAUUCGCAUGCAGCUAGCUUGUUUAACCAUAUGAGAAACUGCUCCGCACAAAAAAAGGAGAAUAUUUCUGUGAUUAAGAAAGAGUACAAUCCAAAGAAAACCCUUUUAGGCCCAAAGAUUUAUCAUUGUGAGCAGUGCGGGAAGGGUUUUUGGUCUCUCGGAGCUUACUCCCACCACAAGCAAAGUCAGACUCGGUGUACAGAUUUAAGGCCAAGAAAAGGUGUCACAGGAUCUUUGCAUUCUGUUAAUGGACACCCACGCUUCAAGGUUGCAUGUGCCGUGUGUGGUAGAAAGUUCCGUCACAAGGGUAUUAUGGCAUUACACAUGCGAAAACAUGAAAACGGAGAUCACAAAUGUGAACUCUGCAACCGGUCGUUUCGUCUUUUCUCCAGCCUCUUGAGACACCAGGUUGUGCAUAGUAACCAGUUACUCCCACCGCCCAUUAAGUCUUUCCAGCAUCAGGUUGAGCAGUUGAAAAAGAACACAUACAGCUGUCCUGACUGCGGGAAGCUGUUUUCACGGGCCAAGGCACUUCAGUUUCACAUGAAAAGCCAUGGGUACGAGACCGGGCAUUCGCCAUCGUCGCCUAGAUCUACUGUCACGCUAGAGGAUCUGCAGUGUGCAACAUGCCUCGCACAUUUCAACAAUAAGGCCUCUUUGAGGGCUCAUCAAAAACUUUGUAUUAAAAGAGACAGCCAAGUAGUUUAUUGCAAGACAGAACCCUCAGAAAAUAAUGAUAAAAUGCACAAAAAUAAUAUGGAUGUCACAGAAGAAAGCUCUAAGCAAAUACCAGUACAUACUGAUGUAAAGAAUGAAAGGGACAGUGGGAAGCUAAAGAUGGAAUUUCAAACGCAUGACGCCAACUUAAAAAAACAAAGUACAACCAAUUUGAAAUACAGAUGCAAAAAGUGUGACAGAAGCUUUUCAGUCGUUGGAGCUCUGAAUUUUCAUAAAAGAAUUCACGCUGAGGGUCACAAAUCUGUAGCAAAAGCAAAACUGGCUAUGUCUGCAAUGCUAAAAAAGCCUAAACAGGAAGAGCCAAGCAAAGGACUAUUCCACUGCUCAGAAUGUGGGCGUCGAUUUCUGUCUAAUUCAGCCCUUGGCUCCCACAAAAGGUGGCACAAAGAAAAGAAAUGUUCACGGUCCUUGCUUAAAGAUGAUGAUUCGAAAUCUGUUAGCCACAAAACAGACGACAGACCUUUUCAGUGCCAAAAAUGUGGCAAACAGUUUUUUGACCAUCGUGUUCUUCAACGUCACCAGACGUUUAAUCCUCGGUGUCGAACCAAAACUGUGCCACGCACCGAUUCAAACAUCAAUGUCAAGAGCGAGUUUUCAUGUCCAGAAUGUAACAAAACAUUUGAGGAAGGUUCACUUCUUGCUGCCCAUUAUGACAAUGAGCAUAGUAACACUGCAUAUCACCAAGUCCCAGAACAGGUUGAUGUCAUCUUGCAAGGGAGUGAGUCCACGUCAUCAACACUGAAGCCAAAAGCUCAUCAGUGUCCCCUCUGCUCUAUGACCUUUGCUAAAGCAAGAGGUCUGCGUGCCCACAAAUGGCAGGCCCACUCGAAGAGGACAAAAGGUAAAAACAAGGCUCUGAGGAUUAAAACGGAGUCCGUUACCUCAAGAAGUGAGGUUACAAAGACAGAAGGCAACACCGCAGUGAAUGUGAAAAAUACCCCUGUUGGCAGGGGGAAGAAGAAAAUCGGAUCAGACCCCCCAUUUGUGAAAUUUAUCUCAUGCCUUGACUGUGGGAUGCAGUGCAGUUCUCCACGCAUCCUCCUUGACCAUAAGAAAGUGUGCCUGGAGAUAAUGCACGAGUCUAAACAGGAGAUCCAAAAUCCUGAAACCAUGGCCGAGGUUUCUCCACCUCUUGGCCGUUUGUUGGAGCACACGGCCAAAUGCCUCUUCAAGUGUGAUAAGUGUGGGAAAGCUUUCCAAACAGAGGAACAACUGGGAGCCCAUAAGACCAAGGCAAAGAGCCGGCCUUAUUGUUGCGCCCUGUGCUGCCACGGCUUUUGGACUGAGAAUCAGCUGCAGCAACACCUCGCCUGGCACGAUGAAGUACGCUGUCGUCUCCCCAACGAGGUUCGCUUAAGGCUCAGCGCUGCUAUGACCUCAAAGCCUUUAAAACCCAACGUCCCCUCUGCUGACACCAGCAGGACGUCCUCUCCAUCCUCUACACUUAACCCGGAUAGCCACUCACAAAGUAGCCAUAAGUGCCAACAUUGUGGCAAAGCCUUUCUUUCACCAACUGCGUUACAAAAACACGAAACCCAGCACUGUAACAAUGACUCGUAUCAUUGCUCUAUCUGCCCCAGGACCUUCAGUGAAAUACAGGACCUUAUCGAUCAUCACCAGGAAUGUGUCGGUGAUUACAAAAGGCCGAGUGAUGCACCUGAUGCCGUCUCCUCCGGAGAUACCAAUGGCCUUACUUGCCUUGAAUGUGGAACUACUUUUUGUCAAGAAACAGAUUUGCACCAGCAUUAUAUUGAACACGCCCGUGGAGUAUAUUUGACUAUACAACCUGGAAAGGAGUGAAGUGAAGACACUGUAGAUUGUGAAUAGUUAUUUUGGGGGGAGGGUUCUUUUGGAGGUUGCAAAACUACUUAAAUGUGUUAGGCUACAAAAUUCCUUGUUAAAAAUGUGUUUAGGGUAAGUAGAAACAUGCUUUUCCUAUUUGUUUGUGGAUUAUUUGAUAUUCUUUAUCGGAAAAAAAACAGGUUUCCAUCUAAGGCGCAACAGAGCAGUUAACUUAGGUUAUUCUCUUUACACUGGAUUAGUAUAUGUACAAAUGUUUAAGAAUAACCCCUUUUUAUAAACUAAUGUAGAAAUGUCACAAUGAUAGUUUUGAGCCACUGUUUGAUUUAUCACUGUUUUGAAUGGACCUAUCAUGAGUUAAUCUUUUUGGCCGAAUAAUGGUAGUUCAUAUCUAAAUGUAUCAAAAAAUAAUUGGAAACAAUUAUGCAUGUACAUGUUUGUCCUCAAAAUGAAAAGCAUAGCGUACACACUACUUAUUUCAAAAUGUAUUAAGACAUUGAACAAUUCUGCACAACUAAUAGAUACUAAUUUUGCUUGUGCCAUUUUGAAAGCCAGAGGUUUGGCACAAAGAAGAUAAAAUAUAUAUAUAAUACAACAAUUUGUACUGAUUAUGUGAAUUGUUAAAAAAAAAAAAGUCCUGAUGUUUAACAUUACAGCCAUUUACUACCAUAAAACAAAACAAAAUUGAACUCAAAUCAAAUAAUUGUAUGUUAAAUACAAUAUAUUUUGCAUUGAUUACUGUAUAAGCUUAUAUUUCUAUGUUGUGAAAAAACUAUUCAUUACUUUAACUAAAAUAGUGCUUUCGUUCAUAUAGGAUAGUUGUUAGUUUACUCUUCCACUUAUGGAUUGGAAAAAGUAUUUGUAUUGUGCAAGAGAUGUUACUUUGCUAUAUUAAUUUAUAAAAAUCUUUUUUCCUCUUAGAUGACCAAUAUAUCCUUUUGUCUACUUGUUUAGCUUGGUGUUUCUAAAACAGAAAAAAGUGCUCUAAAAAGUUCAAUAAAUUGAUCAGU